GAAAACCUGAGCAUCGCAUCACGGUCUUGCCAGAGAUAUUGUCUCUGGGCUCUCUCUACAGUUUUCUCUUUCUUUUGCUCAUUUGAUGAAAAUGCCUAAGAAAAAAUGCUGGGCAAGACCAUGAUGAAUGUUUAGGAUCUGGCUCACCUCGGCCCAAACGUCCCUGUGGCGUGUGACCCCAAUAUUGUGCAGUAGAGAAGGUGGACAGAGGAUGGGGAGCAGAGGAAAUGAACUCAGGAGAACUACGUCAGCGGGGUACCGGCCUUCAGUUACGAGCCCUUUGGGGGAUUUAGCUUCAUCCUCAUCUCCUUCACUGGACAGCAACCAGUCUGGAAGGACCUUCUUUGCUACCACAACACUGAGCUCAGUGAAACCCUCAAGCAAAAUCCGGGAAGAGGAGCAAGAAGCUCUGAAGCAGGAUCAGGUCCGACAGGACAAGGUGUGGAGAGAAUUUGUGGAAGCAGAACGAAGGGCAACCAAAUAUUGGUAUCAGAACUGGAGUUUCCUGAAGGACUACGACCCACUGGGCAAGAAAAAAGAGCCUGAACAGCUCCCGGAGUAUGUGUCAGUAUUCUCAGAUAAAAUCCCCAGCACCACUGGCCAUGUUAUCGGCAGCAGAAUGAACACGGAUCUUGGCAAAACGCUGGUAAAAAUGGACUACUUCCUAAACUAUGGAAAAAGGAAAAAGAAGCUUGGAGAAGAACUCCAGCCUUCCUAGAAUUCAAAUUAAAGCAAUUUGCUUUAAAGGGGAAGUAUUGGUCGAAAGCUUUGCAGAAAAGAGAUAGUGCUGGGGAAAAAUGUGAUGAGAAAAAUUUUCUCUUCCAGAUGCCGUUUUGCCCAAUGAUGGUUCAAAUUAUUUCUCAACAAUUUUUCUUUUCUUAUUUAAAUAAAUUUACA